CGUAAUUAUAUUAUCCUUAACUAUUACACACCAAAAACCAAAUCUCAAACAACACCAUUUCUCAUGUCUUAAAUUCCGAUUAUAAAUUUCAGACAGAAAUUAUAGAGUUAAUUGAAGUUGGUUUCUGAAUGGAUGAAUCAUCGUCAUCUUCGUCUUCGGACAAGACGGCCAAUCUGGAUUCUGCGCUCCAUUUAUUGGGAUUUCAAUUACAAGAUUUGUCCCCUACCAAAGUUAACGGACACCUACACGUUACCCACAAGUGCUGCCAGCCGUUCAAGGUGUUGCACGGUGGAGUAUCGGCUCUGAUAGCGGAGGCGCUGGCUAGCAUCGGGGCUCACAUGGCCAGCGGUUUCCAAAGAGUGGCUGGGAUCCACCUUAGCAUCAAUCACUUAAAGCGCGCUGAACUUGGUGACUUUAUCUUCGCUGAAGCUACGCCCGUCAGUCCUGGCAAGACCAUUCAGGUAUGGGAGGUUCGACUGUGGAAAACAAAGGAUUCAGCUUCAAGCUCGGAUAGCAGAACCUUGGUAUCAUCAUCAAGGGUUACUCUUUUGUGCAACUUGCCUGUGCCAGACCAUGCUAAAGAUGCUGCAGACAAUCUUAAGAAGUAUGCUAAGCUAUGAGUGUAAAUUGUAUUCUACUUGACACUAUAUUUGCUCUAAUAAAUUCAACAAACAUAGCUUGUAUUUAUAUUUUUUUCCUUGGAUAAGGGUGGGGUUAUCUAGGGAUCGAAUUCGGAAUGAGUGUCGACCGAAGAUUUGAACAAAGUCCUUUGUCCACUUGUAUUUAUAUUUGUAUUAUAUAUCCCUUACUUUCCACCGGUUGAACAACAA